CAAUUACCGUACUGUCUAUGGUAUGACACAACAUCCCGUGUGAUUUGUAUGCAUCUCUAGCUAAUCUUUGUCGAAUGAUCAGCACCUAACAAACACGAUGUUGGCUACAUCCAACAAUGGACAAGGMAACGGUCGUUGGCUUCACCGCGAUUUUUUGAAGGAAAAACUCCGGGUAAGAGAACGGUACUGGCAUACAAUUUCGUCUCGGGGGAACACWAGUGGGAGCGAUGAGAGUGAAAACCAGGGAAUUGAUUGGAUUAUUCCUGAUGGGCUUGCCUUGAGAACAUACCUUAAAUUGAUCUUGUUUUUGAUUGAACAAGAAGCACGGCACAGCAAACAACAAAUCGAAGAAUCCGACAAGCGACAAACAAGACGGCGUGCUUGCCGAUGGGUUCUUCUAGAAUCGGUCGCAGACUGGAUGGAUUAUCGCAACGUAUCGCCAACAAUCACUGCUGAGUCUGUUCAUCUACAUCCCGAGAUGGCGAGCCCUCACGAGCGGUCUCAGAUCCAAAGGUUGGUACAGCGUCACGAAGACAUGGUUGAGGUCUUCUGCGAUCUAUCUGUACGAGAAGGAAUCGGAAGCGACAAUGACGAAGACGAAUGGGACCUCAUGGAAUAUGAUGAUAUGCCCAUGUGUGAUCGGUCUCAAAAUGCACUCUUUCGUGCUGGGCGAUUACUUCGCCAAUAUCGCUCCAACAAAACCGAUAAAAGCUCUUCCAGGUUUUUCAUCUUGUCKGGAGAUCGAGACUUUGCGCAGCAAUUUCCACAGGAAGACGGAAUCCAAACAGUCCUGAUGGAAGAUUUYCUUGAGCAAAUUUACGAAAGCCGCCACUACGAGGAUGCAWCACAGGAUCACUGGAUGGAUGAUGWUGUUUUCGAUCAGGUCAAGAAACUAGCUGCUCGAUGUCAAGAGGACUACGACCUGCGCAACGACCCAACAAAAAGGUCUAGAAAUCUUKUAUCCGCCUUGGACGCAGGUAUCGAAGAGCAUUGGACCGAAGAAAGAAUUCAGGAAGGAUUACGCAACAAAACUCUGAUCAAGGGAAGACUGACUGUGACGAAGGAAAAUAUCAAAGAGGGAGUCGUUUUGAGCAGUGRUGGAGCUGAAGGGGAUCCGUCGUCUCUUUUUAUCAAUCAAUCAAGAGGAUACUUCAACAGGGCGUUCCAUCAAGAUGUCGUUGUGGUCCAGACGCUACCGAAAACAAAAUGGAGCAGUCCUCUAGGAAAACGACGGCUAAUGCCCACUCAGUCGAACGAUAACGACGAUUUGAAUUUUAGUGAUGCCGAAAAUGGGGUAUCACAGGAYGCCUCACCAUCGGUGCCGUCCGGGAGAGUAGUCGCCAUCUUCAAACAAUCCCGAAGGCAAUUUGUUGCCACCAUGGUAGAUACACCGAUGGGUGACGAAUCGGCAUGUUUGGUAGUGCCCAUGGAUGUUCGAAUACCCAAGAUACGGAUAAAGACAAACGGAUGGAGGCGGUUCUUAGGUCAACGUUUGUGGGUUCACGUUGACCACUGGGAGGUCGGGUCAAGUUAUCCUUCAGGACAUUGCGUUGAGUUAUUGGGACCAAUCGCAAAUUUAGAAACAGAAAUCACAUGUUUACUGAAGGAAAACCAAAUAUAUCUGGAACCGUUCAGUGCGGCCGCCCUGGCUUGUUUGCCGGUAGAGGGUCACGACUGGAAGAUUCCUUCACACGAAAUUUCCCGACGAAAGGAUCUUCGUUUUACUCGCCGGAUCUUCAGCGUCGACCCGAUUGGUUGUCAGGAUAUCGAUGACACAUUUCAUGUUCAUAUGCUCCCUAAUGGGGAUAUCGAAGUUGGCGUUCAUAUUGCCGAUGUCACCCAUUUUCUUCUACGCGACUCUCCGCUUGACAAAGAGGCUCGAAGACGCGCAACUACAUUUUACCUUGUUGACCGGAGAUUCGACAUGCUACCCAGCGUACUAAGCAGCGAUCUUUGUAGUUUGCAUGGAGAUGUAGAUCGAUUAGCUGUCUCUACCAUUUGGGUCAUGUCAAGUGAUUUCAAAACCGUUAAAGAUUUUUGGUAUGGACGGACUGUCAUUCGCAAUUGCCAGGCCAUGACGUACAAUCAAGCACACAAUAUUCUUCACAACAAUCCCCCCGACGACCCCACAAAGCCGCCGCCACCUCCACUUACCGCUGGUUAUCCUGUGAAUCAUUCCAACCUUAGCGRCCUGAGGGAAGAUCUCUUGAUAUUGACUGAGCUUUCAAGAAAACUUCGAAAGGAUCGAGAAGACAUAGGAGGUGCUGUAGACUUAUCAAGUGGCGAUAAYAGUAGUGAGCUCAAAUUUACUCUGGACGAAAACCACAAUCCAGUUCAGGUAAUACCAAAGAAACAACUUGAGAUUCAUCAGACAGUAGCAGGUAGGUUUCGCUGUACAUGUCGGGCACAAUCGCAUACCGGUACGCWAGAAUACUCAAYAUUGUCACGUUUUGCUUUGUUGCCACCCACUAAAAUGUUUCUUAUUUAGAGUUGAUGGUACGUUCAAUGAUAUCCUUCUUUACAGAAAUAUGCAGUGYGAAUGGUAACAAUUUUCUAACCGAUGUGCACCAUCUUCUUAUUUAGAUUAUGGCAAAUUCUUGGGUCGCUAAAACUAUUUUCGAAAGAUUCCCAACAUCCGCAUUGCUUCGAAUUCACCAAAGYGUAGAUGAAAGUCGUUUCGAAGACCUCAAAGAUAUACUUGAUGCAGGAAAGAUUUCGUUCGAUGGCAGUAGCAAUAUGAAAUUAGCUGACUCUCUCAAAAAGGCCGAAAAGUCUUGUAAGACAAAUUCUGCAGUCAAUUCUCUAUUUCAAUCUCUUGCGACUCGGUAAGCACUCGAUAUACAUGGCAGCGUAUACGACACCGCGUGGCCCCCACAUUAUAUUCUUACUKUCUCCUUUUGCACUCAGAGCAAUGUCUGAAGCCCAAUACGUAUCGACGGGUCAAAUAGGGGGUGAACAGGGUUUGUCACACUAUGGGCUCGGGUUGGGAAAGUACACUCAUUUUACUUCUCCAAUCCGGCGUUACGCAGACGUAGUCGUUCACCAUCAACUCCUCCAAACGUUGACCUUAAAARCGGACGACUUUCCUCUAAGAGCCCCUCCUGGAUUCGGUCGCAAAGCAUUGAAAUCUCUCCCCGAGUCAAAAACUAUAUCAAUUAUUCAAGGAGAAGGCAUCGAGGAUGCGAAAGAUAGAAAGAAAGCGUCAACUAGCUCUGUCACAAAAAAUAUAGAUUCGCCAUCAAGUACUGGUAAAGCAUCAGACAUUUUGGUUGAAUAUUUUAGCAGACUGACUACUGCUGGAAAAGAACUUGGAGAUGCGUACACCAAUGAAAAAGUCUCAAAAAUCUGUCAGACCCUCAACCGGCAAAAUAGAAUGGCAAAACUAUCAUCAUUUGAGUGCCAGGGAUUGUUUCUUUCUUUGUAUUUCAAAGAUCAUGUCGAGAUAACACAAGCGGUUGUUACAAACUUGAGAAGCAACGGAUUUUGGGCAUACAUUCCAAAAUUUGAUUUCAGGGCACCUAUUUAUCUCAGUGACAGGGAUGGAGUCGUGCAGAUUGAUCCUGCCUUACUAGGUUUAAAGAAAACUUCCGGACUUGACCCAACAACGGGCUUCGCUACAUCAAAAUCAACUCGACGUUUUCCUUCGGGAACGUGUACUCUUCAUGAUUCUCUAGAGCACUCUCAUCUGGAGGUUAGUCUUCGGGAGACRACCAAGACAUAUAAGAUUACGAUUUUGGAUGUCGUGACUGUCAAAAUCUUYUGCGAUGAAUGGGACACCAAGUCUCGUGUUCCCAGACCAAGGAUUCAUCUCAUUGCAGACUCAUCCGAGCCGAAGGAGAAAAUCAAGAAAAARUCUACUCUUAGCGAGAGUCAUAGASCUGCGAAUACAAAUUUGAAAAAGUCUUUUGUAAAGAGGGAAGAUCAAAUCCGUUCACUUUAUGACGAGAUUCAAAACCUCUCGAUCCUUCCGAAUCUUUCUGUUGAAUUUCGUUCAUCGAAUAGUAAAUUAUUCGAAGGAARCAAAGCAGCGGUGCCUGAAGCUAAUCAUUUAAUGGCCGGGCGAACAAUUUUCGGAAAUUUUGUGAAUCCUGAUACUCGUUCUGCUCAACAAAACRMAUCAAUCAGAGAGGCUUCAGCCUCUGCUCUGGAACGUCGUAACCAAGCACUUGCAAAUCGAASCAAGCAUAACGAGUAUGAUACUUCCAGAAAGAUCGAGACUGAUGUUACAGCAAGAAUGCAGAGACUGGCAGCAAGCAAACGAAACACCAAAAAGGGCCGCUAGAAGUUAAGAAAAUACUAGAGUGACUAAAAUUUUAGCUAUUAG